AUGUCAAAGAACCUGCCGCUUGAGAUUGAGGAGGCGAAACCGCCGACAUGGUUGCCUACAGCGCACGCCACGGCCGACCUGGGGCUGGUCGGCUACUAUCCCCCCUUCCCGAAUCAACCGGAAGAUGAAAUGUCGACCACAGCUGUUCAAGGAGGGCUACAGACGAAGGACCCGGUGGGAGCUCCUACUUGGGGUACGAAAGAUAUAGCCAACCGCAGCUUCACCCAGGAACGCGCGUUGCUCGACCUCCAGAAGUUAUUUGAACAAGUCUUCGAACGCAAGGUGGACGCGGCGGCCCCGAUCCCACCUUCUACCUUCCGCUUACCGUCCCGAGUGACUUUGAACGAUAGUAGGCGUCAAGCCUGGUUCCGGCAGUUAGCGGACUCGAAUGUACCUCUGUACACAUUGGGCAAGAGCGUCCCACACGGUGCCAAGGGUCAAGAUCUACUGGAAAUGCUGUAUUCAAACAACGUCGAAAUCUCUCGUGCGGUGUGGUUUGUGCGCGUUCUUGGCGCCAACGAGAUGGCCGGUCUACGGAAUAAGCCCAACUAUGAUCCAACACAGUACAGUGUCGAGUGGUCCAACGUUGUAGUCGGAUACUUGAAGAAGCAACUCGGCGAGAUCGUCCUGCCGAGCGCCCCUCGCGCUGGCGUCAACAUCAAACAGGGUUUUAAGGGCGUCCUGGCUGAUCCAGACAGUCACCAAAGAUGGGUGUCACGCUUUCAGUACACACUCGCACUCCUUCGUACCUUCUACUCCGAAGGUCUUGUGGACAAUCGCACGUUUCUCGCGUGGCUCGUAACACAGUUAGCUACAUGCAAUCUCGCGCAAGCAGGCUUUGUAGCCAGGCUAUGUGACGAGUAUAUCGAUGGUUUACUCUCCUGUCGAGCAUUAGCCAGGCCAUUUGUCGAGGCAUGUCUGGCAAAGUCAGCCGAGAUAGACUCGUCAUUGUCAAGCACUACUUUGGCACCCAUGUCACAGUCUCUGCGAACUUCCUUGCGGAGAGCGUCCUUAACCAUACCUGACGCCCUCAUCGGCCCCCGAAUGUGGCUCACAUACUCUGAAGUCAUGACAAAACGUUUGACCGGGGGAAUAUGUGCGACACCUGAGUCCGGAGAUAGCGAAUUCAAUACGCGGGGAUUGGCCGUACUUGGUCUCAUAACCGAUAACCUCGCCGAUAUCGCACGGCGCAACAACGCACUUCUGUUCCGGAACCUGCCGCCUCGCACAGUAGCCCAGUUAACGGAGGCUGUAGCGGAUGUUACGCGUCUCAACUCCAUCAGCAUCGAGACGAACAUCGACAACUUCAUAUAUCUCGACGCACCCACUCGCAGCCCCGUCUUCGCGCGCAAGGUCGAGAGGCUGCUUACCUGGGCGGUCACGCCUCUUCAGUUCGGCGAUCACCGUCCCUAUGCUGCGGCUACCCUAUUGCAGCGCUGGCGAGAGCGACUCGUGCCACGCUCGCGUUCAAGGGACCAGGAUACCUUGCAGGACUUGCUCUUCGAGUUUCUCGAUGCGAACGAACCGAAUGCGCAAAGUCUUCCGGCAAUCGCCCUGCUCUACGGAGAGCUCGUCAAGAGUGGGCUGUUCUCGUAUGAGCUAUACAUACAGCGACUGAUCGCACGAUGCGAACCCGGCCUAUCGUUCUCCGAUGUCUCCGGUUCCCGACAUCGAGACUACCUCCGAUGGAUACCUCUUGACAAGUCGACAAGCGCGAUCAUCCACCAGCGCAAGACGAUUCUACAUGGCGUUCGAACGCGCGAAACACCAGAAGAGAACAACGAACGAGAGAUGCGGCGGGAGAUACGGCCUCUGUUCCCUGAACUGUUUGAAGGUGUUGAGAUGGGGAUGAUUGUUGAAGACUCCACGGUUGACCUCUUGUCUGGAUGUACGAAACUACUGUCAGCGCCGCGGUACGAGCAAGUCAGAGUUGUCAAGGCAUGGCUGUCCCCCAUCCUCAUCAAGCACUUUUCUGGCCGCCUUGACGACCCGGUGUUCGUUAUCGGGGCCUUACGCCCAUUUUGCAUGGCAAUCGACUUGCUCGAGCGCUUACAGUGCUAUCGUACGAUGUUCGAUCUCUGUAUGGCACUCCUCGCGCACACCAGUACGGCAGACUUCUUGACGACGCUGAUCGAGACGCUACGAAGAUUCAUGGACAUCUGGGCAUGUAUGGGAGUUCUCAAACCGCUUGCUGAUGCGCUGUAUACUACGCAUCUGGCUUGCAAAGCGCGCACCAUUCACCCACGGCCUCUAUUCGACCUACUCGUGAAAAUCGACGAGACGCAUCAGUUGGACGCUGACGCACGGGCAUCGGUAGACGCUGAGAAGAUUACUUUUGCUCAGGCCAUCGGCCCGAAGGACGAAACGAUGCCUCCACCUGAGGUACCGCCUCGUUUACCCGACAUCCUGAUGCUGCCCGCGGAUACUAGACCGGGAGCAGUGUCAAUGCUUGCUGCUAGCCUCUGGUUUCGAUAUCGGGCGGCACCAUCCUGGGCGUGGACCGUUUGGGAUAACACGUUCGCGAGCUUGUGCCUGAAACCGGAUCUGGACACCGCCGUAUCAGCGCAAGAUCGCGCCUUCUGUUAUGCAGACUUCAUGUUACAUAUCGACCAACAUCUUGCCAAGGGCCUCGAUCCAGUCAUUGCCGACUGGUUAACCCAGUGCGGCACCUUAGAGCUUGUCGUCAUCGACAGUGAGGCUUGGGACAGCGUGAUCUUCACUCUGCUCUACCUCGUCGUGCAUGGAGCUCUCACCGCUACGACCGUGCUCGCUCACCUGGUGUACCCGCUUUGGAAGCGCGCGCUCGAGGUCUUUAACGGUCAUCAACCGAAGGAGAAUGAGCAGCCACCGGAGGUCUAUCUUCGUGCUGCUCACGAUGUAUUCGCUCGCCUACUGCUCAACACCGCGUGCACUCCCGACGGCAUACCGCCCAACACAUUCAUCGACCUUCAGAGAAUUGCCACACGUAGGCAGGACGUCUUUCGAACGGAGCACCUGAAGCCACUGGUGUCACAGAUACCUACACUCGUGUUCUUGGAGAAGAGCAGGGGCGUAUCUGGCGAGUUGGGAGAGCUAUCCGGGGCCAUUCGUGGUGCUGUAUGCGAAGUGCCUGCUUUCAGACAAGGCGUCUACCGGGAUCUUCAUGCAGUUCGCGGCGCAUUCGAAGGAGCGCUUGAGCUGAACUCCCUGGAUGAAGCUCUGAUCGACCAUCUUAUGGACGCUCUGCGUCUCAUCCUCAACGUCGCAAAAACCGAUACCGCCUCCAUCAGUUCUUCAGAUUGGCUGGACACAUCUGCGUUGCUAAGCCCGUGGAAGCUCGCUGCCACCGCAAUCGAGGUGCAGUUCACACUCAAGCAGAUGGGCGAACGACUGGCUUUUGGCACCCCGCAUAUUCAAGGCAACACCAAGGUUGACCGGCUCAUCGCCAAGCUAUUGCGGCAUCAUAUGUCUAGCGAACAAGCGGAUUUCGUUGCGGAGAUGGCUCGGGGUGUUGGUCCCACCAUAGUUGGGAAGUUCGUCAAUACCGGGCUGAAGUUCAUCGCGAAUACUCUGAAUGGCGCAGACUAUCGGGAGUGCGGGUCUCACGAUGCAAUGAACGUCGUGAGCGAACAACUACGACUGCUUGCUCAUAUCACCGAGCCGGUGCGCAAUGCCGGAGAACAGCCGCAUACGGACUCUAGUACUCAGGACGAAUAUUUCCAAGCGCUGGCCACGAAGAUAGAGGUUUACGAGAGCUUGCUCGCUGGACGUACAGCCUUACCGUCGUGUAUGAGUCAAGAACAGCUGAAGCAAGGCGCAAUCCUGUUGGCUAGACUUCUUCAAUUCGACUUGACUUGCCGUGCCGCCUGGACGCCCAAGGCUCGCUCGCUCAGCGACGGUCUCUGCGCCUCCGUGUUCAAGAUGGCUAUGGCAUUCGCUCACGGAGUUUACCUCUGCCCCGUUGCCUACGCUCUUGUGUUGGAUACUUAUUACUACCUCCUUGAUGAGAUGGCGGCGGACAGCAAGCCCGUGGGCAACGAUCUGUUCAAACACUAUCCCGACUUCAAGCUCGUAGAGCUGCCCGUGGAUAUGCCCAAGAGAUAUAAGCAGCAAAUUCGAUUCCUCCUCCCCUAUGUGCCUGUCAACGAAGCCGUUUCCAACCUUGUCUAUACGUGGCGCGACGCGGAUGAUAAGCUCGUCUUCGGCCCUGCAGUAGUCAGCAGGCCUUGGGAGUGGGCGGAGAACAUCGGGGAGGCCUCAACUGCAUCUGAGGAUAUAGAGGAGCGGCGAAAGAUGCAUAUACCUCCGAUAAAGAACUCUGGGUCCAUCUCCCUCGACCUCUUUGGAGCGGCUGGGAAAGGCGAGAUGCUCCUUGACUAUGAGGACGACCAGGUCGCAGCCAAUAUGCGGUCCUUCCAUGAUAGCGUUGCCAGCGAGAGUGUAUUCACGCGUGACUGGAUAGAGUCCCGACUUUCAUUCGAUGACGAUCCUAGCGUGGGUGCUCGAGUCGCGCGCGGCGAGGACGACGAGCUCGGGGCACUUCCCAUCUUUUCAGGAGCAUCGCCCGCGCCCUCAACGCGUUCUCGCGGGUCCGGUCCCUCUGGAUCAGCGCCGCCCUCUCGUUUCCACAGCCCUUUCUCGCGUAUCUCCGGCGCUACCAUGUCCGAGGCCAUUGAUGUCGACGCGCUCACGGGUUCCGCCUCCGUCUCAUCGGCAGCAGGGCGGCAGACUGGUGGAAAACGCAAAGCGUCAUCCCUGCGUGAAGGGUCUGACUCCGACAUCGAGAUCGUGGACGGCCCACCAAUUCCGCGACCGAAGGGCAAGGGCAAGACUGCGGCAAACACGCGUACCAAAAGGAAAUGA